CGGCGGCGCAGGAGGAGAGCCGGCGUCUGGAAGCCGGGUGAGCAAAGAAAAUAACUAAAAAUGACAAGUAGAAGACUUAAGGAGUCCAUGGGGGCUGUUCAGAUGGGGUUGCUCAAAAUGCUCAAAGGAUUCCCAAGCAAGGUUUUGCCACCCAUGAGUCCAAAGGUGGUUACAGAAGAAGAAGUAAACCAAAUGCUUACACCUUCAGAGUUCCUGAAGGAAAUGUCCCUCACCACAGAGCAGAGACUAGCAAAUACACAUGUCACGUGCCGACCACAGAUCAUCGAACUCUUAGAUAUGGGGGAGACCACGCAUCAAAAGUUUUCAUCAAUUGACCUGGAUCAGGCAUUAUUCCAGCCCUUUCCAUCAGAAAUUAUAUUUCAGAACUACACUCCCUGUGAAGUCUAUGAAGUUCCACUGGUUUUGAGAAACACUGACAAAAUUCCAAGGAUGGUGAAAGUUGUUGAGGAAAGUUCACCGUACUUUAAAGUAAUCAGCCCCAAAGAUAUUGGCCACAAAGUGGCUCCAGGAGUGCCAUCCACAUUUAGAAUCCUCUUCAUGCCAGAGGAGAACAAGGAUUACGCCCAUAUCUUGACCUGUGUUACUGAAAGAGAAAAGUUUAUCGUACCCAUCAAAGCUAGAGGUGCGCGAGCCAUCCUAGAUUUUCCUGACAAGCUGAAUUUUUCCACCUGCCCUGUCAAAUACAGCACCCAGAAGAUUCUGCUAGUACGAAACAUUGGCAAGAAAGAUGCAGUGUUUCACAUCAAAACUCAUAGGCCUUUCUCUGUAGAGCCACCUGUUGGAACUCUCAACGUGGGAGAGUCCAUGCAACUGGAAGUGGAAUUUGAGCCACAGAGUGUGGGCAGUCACAGUGCAAGACUUAUCGUGUGUUAUGACACAGGUGAAAAAGUGUUUGUAUCCCUCUAUGGAGCUGCUAUAGACAUGAAUAUAAGGCUGGAUAAAAAUUCCUUGAUCAUCGAGAAAACCUACAUAACUCUGGCCAAUCAGCGAACUGUAACCAUUCACAACCGCAGUAACAUCAUUGCCCAUUUCCAGUGGAAGAUAUUUGCUACCCAGGAAGAAGAGGACAGAGAAAAGCAUAGAGUCUGUGAUGAUCUGAUCAAAGAAGAAAAGGAUGAGAUGGAUGAGUUUCUCGAAGACUGCAUUAUUGAUCCUGUCCUCCGAGACCGUCUUUCCAUUCUCUCUCGCACCUUUGAGAAUCAGAGGAGGAUGGUUCAGGGAGACAGAUUGCUCUUCUUGAAUAACAUUUUCACUAUCGAGCCUGUGGAAGGUGAGGUCUGGCCCAAUUCAUCAGCUGAAAUCACUGUGUACUUUAACCCUCUAGAAGCCAAGCUCUACCAACAGACCGUUUACUGCGACAUUUCAGGCCGAGAGAUCCGUCUGCCCCUCCGAAUCAAAGGGGAAGGAAUGGGACCUAAGAUUUACUUCAACUUUGAAUUGCUCGAUAUUGGGAAAGUUUUUAUUGGAUCUGUACAUUGUUAUGAGGCAGUACUGUACAACAAAGGCAGCAUCGACGCCAUUUUCAGUGUGAUACCUCCAGUGUCACCUUUGGGGGCCUGCUUUGUUUUCAGUCCCAAGGAAGGUAUCAUCGAACCAAGUGGAGUCCAGGCUGUCCAGAUCUCCUUCAGUUCUGCCAUCCUGGGGCACUUUGAAGAAGAGUUCCAGGUCAAUGUCAGUGGGGCACCUGAGCCUGUGAAAUUGACCAUUAGAGGCUGUGUCAUUGGACCUACCUUCCAUUUUAAUGUUCCUGCUCUGCACUUUGGUGAUGUUGCCUUUGGGUUUCCUCAGACUUUGAUAUGUUCCCUCAAUAAUACUUCUUUGGUCCCCAUGACCUUCAAACUGCGUGUCCCUGGGGAUGGCCUUGGCCGUAAAAGUAUUUCAAGUUGUGAGCAUUAUUCAGGCGACAAAAGACUACCUUGGACCAAGGAAGAAAUACCUGCGAUAAAACCAAAAGAGUUCACCAUCACUCCUGACCAUGGCACCAUUCGCUCCCAGGGAUUUGCUGCUAUCAGGGUGACCCUAUGCUCCAACACUGUGCAGAAAUACGAGCUGGCACUGGUGGUGGACGUGGAGGGCGUCGGAGAAGAGGUGCUGGCGCUCCUAAUUACAGCAAGGUGUGUUGUACCUACCCUACGCUUGGUUAAUACAGAGGUGGACUUUGGGCACUGCUUCCUAAAGUAUCCCUAUGAGAAAACGAUCCAGCUUGUCAAUCAAGAUAACCUCCCAGGAUGCUAUGAGGUCCUGCCUCAGGUGUCUGAGGGUGCGCCUGCUGUGCUGCUCUCUAGCCCCAUCUCCUUCGGGGUCAUCCCCCCCAAUGGCACCGUGAACAUUCCGCUUGCCCUGGAGACCCUGGUCACUGGGGAACACAGGACCAUCAUCUACAUCCCGACCUUUGGGAGCCAGGACCCCCCUCUGAUAUGUCACUUAAAGAGCAUUGGAGAAGGCCCAGUUAUCUACGUACAUCCCCUUCAAGUUGAUUUUGGCACUAUCUAUGUCCUGAAAGACUCUUCCAGGAUCCUCAGCCUAUCUAACCAGUCCUUCAUUCCCGCAGUAUUUCGGGCACGCAUGGCACACAAAAAAUCCCUUUGGACGAUUGAACCCAAUGAAGGCAUGGUUCCCCCGGAAACUGAGGUUCAAUUGGCACUGACCGCCAACCUGAAUGACAUACUGACAUUCAAGGAUACAGUUAUUUUGGACAUUGAAAAUAGCAACACCUAUCAGAUUCCUGUCCAAGCUUCUGGAAUUGGUUCUACCAUCGUUUCAGAUAAGCCCUUUGCUCCAGAACUCAAUUUGGGGGCACUUUUUAGCCUGGAUACCCAUUAUUACCGAUUUAAGUUGACCAACAAGGGACGUCGGGUCCAAGAGUUGUUCUGGAUGAACGAAAGUUUCCGUCCUCAGGGCAAGCUGAGCAAGAAGGGCCCGGUUAAGAAGGGAGGUGCUAAUGGCCAGCUCCAGCCCGAUGGCUCCCAGGAGCCCAGGGGUCCACAGACCCCAGUGUUUCAGCUCCACCCCGUCAGGAUGGAGCUGUACCCAGGCCAGACGAUUGAUGUGAUACUGGAAAGCUAUUCUGCGACUCCCAGGGUAGUUAAAGAGAAGCUGGUGUGCCAUGCCGUCGUUGGGGCGAAGAAGGGGAAGAGCUUGGUGAUGAUCGUGAACGUCACCUGCGAGUUCAUCACGCCUCUCAUCCAGCUGUCCACCAAGCAGCUCAUCUACCGACUGGAGAAGACACCUGAUGCUGUGCUGGAACCUGAUUACCAGCCCUUGGUCAUAAAGAACAUUUCCACCUUGCCCGUGAACAUGUUGCUGUCAAUCUCUGGACCCUUCUUUGUGUGUGAGACUGAUAAAUCCCCACUGCCCGCCGUUCCUGAGCCUAUUAAACUGGACAUUGAUGAAGAAAAAAACCUGCUGAUCAAGUUUGACCCUUUCUACAGAACUGAUUUGAACAAUUGGGUGGCAGAAGAAAUUCUAGAAAUUAAGUAUGUGGAACACCCUCAAGUAGAAAGCCUGAACCUGCAUGGAGAGGUGCAUUACCCCAACCUCAGUUUUGAGAUGAUGGAGCUGGACUUCGGCUGUAUCCUGAACGAUAUGGAGGUCAUUCGCUACAUUACAAUCACCAACUACAGCCCCUUGGUUGUGAAGUUCCGCUGGUUCUUCUUGGUGAAUGAUGAGGAAAAUCAAAUAAGGUUUGUGACAUUGCCUAAGAAGCACUACAAUGCCCCCCGGUCCCAGAUGGAGUCCGUCCUAGCAACCCCAGCCACUGCCUGCUCCCUAGCAGUCCCAGCUACAAGACAGUCCCUCGAGUUGGACUUAGGUGAUUUUGUUAAGACCAUCCUCCUGAACGAAGAGGCCCCGCCUGAAGAAAGAGAACUCGGAAAAGACAAAGCACCCACCGUGAUCUCAGAGGGAUUAAAAAUUAACCCUGCUGAACCAGAAAGAAUACACUUAAGCCACAGCGAAGUGGAGUUUCAGGAAUCCCUGUGGAUCUUUUCACAGGAUGAUAUCCUUUCCAUCGGGAUAGAAGAAGUAUUCGAUAUUUUGCCCCUCUAUGGAACAUUGCAGCCCCACACUAGCCAGCAGAUAUCGUUCACCUUCUAUGGGCACAGUAACAUCAUUGCACAGGCUAAAGCCCUGUGCGAAGUGGAAGGAGGGCCCACCUAUGAAAUAAUACUCAAGGGAGAGGCAUCCCUGAUCGACUAUUUCUUUGACACCAAGGAUAUUAACUAUGGAUUACAGCUGUUUGACCGUGUCACAGAGAGGGAAAUCACGCUGAGGAACACUGGGAAAGUUGGCUUUGACUUCAGGGUUCUGACUGACCACGAGUCUUCCCCGGACAACCUCCUCCCCGGAGUGCCGCUGGUCCUGCCUCUCUGUGGUUUUAUCGGUUCACAGAACGAGCAGGUGUUGAAGGUUUACUACUUACCUGGAGUACCUGAGUUCUUUCAGAGAAGUUUGCAGAUACAGAUUGCCCACCUGGACCCAGAAAAGAUCACUCUAAGUGGAGAGGGAAUCUUUCCCCGAAUCUGCCUGGAUCUCCCCAGGAACCUGAGAGGAAAUGAAAAGUAUGAAACCUUACUGAAUCAGGCCAGAGAAAACAUGGAGAAAGAGUAUGACAGAUACGAAACUCUAGACCAGUUUGAGAUAAUGACUCAGGAGAUACCUCAGGAUGAAUCUACUGAGUUAAGUGCUUAUCUCCAGAUGGAAGUAGAGCGACUUAUAGUCCAAGACUACGCCCUAGAACAUCAGAAAUCAGUUAUCCCUGAUCCCACCAAUAGCACCUGCUUCAGCCAUGGCAGUCACUGCAAAAUGACCAAAAUCCAGCUGCCAGAGUAUACCCUGGACUUUGGCUACGUCGUCCUUGGUGAAACCCGAACCCAUAUCGUCAAGAUCACCAACACCAGUCACUUUCCAGUGUCCUUCCAUGCAGAAAAGCGUGUCCUUCGUGACACAGGAUUCAGUACUGAGCUAGAUCGUGUAAAGAAUCUGCCUUACUGUGAAACAGAAACAUUUGAAGUGAGAUUUGACCCACAAGGGGCCAAUCUUCCUGCUGGAGACAAAGAAGUCAUCCUGCCCAUCAAGGUGGUUGGAGGGCCAACAGUUCCCGUCUGUCUCCAAGCCAAGGUGACCAUUCCAGCUAUGACUCUGUCUUGUGAAAAAGUGGAGUUUGCUGCAAUUCAGUGUGGACAGUGCCUGGUGGAAACUGUUCAGCUUUUCAAUCAUCUCCAAGUCCCUUGUGAAUGGUUUGUCCAUAGCCUAAAGCCUGUUAACAAGCUGGAGAAACACAUGCCAAAGUACUUAAGACAGAAACUACGUGCUGAAUUAACACCAAAGAUACGGAUCUUUGACGUCCAACCCACUUCUGGAGUCUUGGAUCCUGGGGAGAGGUCCAACGUGCAAGUGAAAUUCAUGCCAAAAGAAGAGAGAUUCUACAGCCAAAACCUGGUGUUUCAGGUUGCCCAGAGUGCUCAAAAGCUUACACUGAUGGCAUAUGGGCAAGGUCUGGAGCCACGCCUGGAAUUUAGUCCUUCAGUUUUGGAGCUGGGGCCUCUACUGCCUUUUGCACCUGGAGAUGAGGCUGAGGUGGUAGUAAAGAAUCCCUGCAACUUUCCCAUUGAGUUUUACUCCUUAGAAUUUGACCAGGAAUAUCUCCUAGAAGAAAAGAUCUUGCGAAAGCUGAAGGGCUACGAUGCCUACAACAGCCUACUACUACCUCCUCGCAACCCAGGGGAGAAGCUGCCCCCAGAGGUGUAUGAGUACUUCAGGGAGAUGAAGAAGUCAAAGGAGGAACAGAUGAAGACAAAAUAUCUAGACAAUCUGGUGCAGGAGAAUGAAGAGGAAGAUAUAAGCACGUCAGAUCAGGGAACCUCCACUGGCACAAAGAGGACGUCGCUUAGCCGAGGGAUCUCUGUCACAUCCAACCUGGAAGAGCGGCAUGGCCUUUUCGUCGAGUCUAAAACCUCAGAUGAUGACGACGAUGAGGAAAGCCUGGAAAAAAUAAUGUUUCAAACCGACAAGAUUCAGAGCAUCGAUAGCUACUCCACAGACGAAGUUGGAGAGGUAGAAAACAACCCAGUGAGCAGAGCAAUCGCUCGCCACCUGGGCAUUGACAUUUCUACAGAAGGCCGCUUGGCGCAGAACCCGAAAGGCAUCGCCAUCAUCAUCCAUGGGACGCCCUUGUCAGGAAAGUCGGCCACCGCCGUCAGCAUGGCCAAGUACUACAACGCGGCCUGCUUGAACAUCGACUCCAUCGUGCUGGAAGCCGUGUCCAACAGCAACAGCAUCCCAGGCAUCCGCGCCCGUGAGCUCUGCAUCAGGGCCGCCAUAGAGCAGUCCAUGAAGGAGGGAGAGGAGUCCGCCCAGGAGCCUUCUGGGGGCCAAAGUGUCAUAGGACCAGUACGACUGAGCACUGAGACCUUGGGCAAGUUAACCUCAGAAAUGACGCUGGUGGCCCCGGACGGUAAACCCGGAAAGAGCAUUCGUGGGAGCGUGUUGAUCACCAAAGGCAAAGCGGACAGCCACACCUCUGGGUCACAGAAGCAGCAUCACCAGCACCAGUCUGAAACGUCACAGAUUUCCUCCAGCCCCCUCCCCGUGGGGCCCACCCAGCGCCGGCUCAGCGUCAGUGCCAGUAUCGGAGGCGAGACCGGGCUCGUGAGCUGCGUGCUGCCUGAUGAGCUUCUCGUGCAGAUCCUGGCAGAGCGGAUACAGCUGAGUGACUGCUACCGAGGAGUGGUGUUCGAUGGCCUCGACACACUCUUUGCUCAGAGCACAACUGCCGCCCUCCUCUGCCUGCUGAAGGCCUUUGGCAGCCGGGAGCACAUAUAUGUCAUCAACAUGGCCCAAGAUUAUACCGCCAUGAAGGCCCAGGAGAAAGCCAAAAAGGAGCAAGAAGAACUCAAACACAAGGAAGCUCUGCAGAAAGAGAAGGAACGUCUCCAAAAUAUGGAUGAGGAAGAAUAUGACGCCUUGACAGAGGAGGAGAAAAUCACAUUCGACCGAGAGGUUCAGCAGGCUCUGCGGGAAAGGAAGAAGAGGGAGCUGGAGAGGCUGGCCAGGGAGAUUCAGGAAAAGAAGCUACAGCAGGAGCUUGAGCGACAAAAGGAGGAAGAUGAGCUGAGACGGAAGAAUAAAAAGCCAAAGCAGGGACCCGUAAAGGAGGAACCCCCCAUGAAGAAAUCUCAAGUAGCAGGCAAGCAGGGUCUCCUUUUCAGCAAAGUCGAUGCCAAGACGGAAGCAAUGGAAAGGAAAGUAUCUGUCAAGGAACAGGCCAUGUCUGAGAAGGAAGACGUCAACAAGAAAAAAAAGACCGUGGCCGACAUCACCGUGUCCAGUAUUCCUCUGGCCCAGGAACAAGAGGACAGUGAAGGGGACCUGCCAAAGGACGUGGACAAGCAACUGGCCCAGAGGUUUAAGGUCUACGAGUUGAGCCUGAAGGACAUCCAGAGCGUGCUCAUGUACUGGGACCGGAAGCAAGGAGUUCAGCUGCCCCACGGAGGGAUGGAGGAGACGUCGCACGAGCCCGAGGACCAGCGGCAGGUCCCCUCGGGUGGGCGCAGGGGUCGCAGGGACCGGGAGAGGGAGCGCCUGGAGCGGGAGAAGGCGGAAAGGGAGCGCCUGGAGAAGCUGCGGGCCCUGGAGGAGCGGAGUGACGGCGAGGGGGAGGCGGAGGAGGACCACGAAGGGAAGAAGGAGCCGGGCGGCGUGCCCUUCCUCAGCAUCCAAACGCCCGACGCGGAAGGCUCGAGCUGGAAGCAGGCCCUGGAGAGCGAGAGGCUCCCCAGGGCGGAUCAGAUCCUAGACGUCUUGGGUAUGGGUUCCUCUGGGCCACCCAUCCCACCUCCCACCUUGUUCUCAAUCAUCACCUACCCUGCGAAGCGGCUGCCUGUGGACACCACAGACGUCCUGAAGCAUUUUGUGUUUGUGAUCCCAUCAUCUGAGGAGCUCUCCGUACUGGAUGAAAAAGCAGAAGUGGAAAUAGACUCAGACUAUUUGGCCAUCACAACCACUAUGAAGGCUCAAGAGGAGCAGACCACCUCAAUUAAAGGAAACAAACAGAAAGUAAAAGAAAAAAAUGAACAACCCCGCGAGAAUCAAAAGGACAAGCGUCGCAUGGCCGUCAACCGGAAGAGCCUUUUUGGGGAAACUGAUGAAACCAUUGCCCCACUGUCGGACGUAGACCAGAACAGCCUGGACGGGCAGCAGUACCAGGAGAAGUUCACUAGGCUGAGUCACUUCCGGUGGAUUGUGCCAGCCAACGGUGAGGUGACGCUCCGAGUGUACUUCUCCUCUGAUGAUCUUGGGACCUUUGACCAAACAUUCAGCUUUGAGAUCCUUGGAACUCGCCGCCAGUACCAGGUUUAUUGCCGAGGUGUCUGCACUUACCCAUACAUUUGCCAAGACCCAAAAGUGGUAUUUCCUAAGCGGAAGGUGAGCAUGAAGCCAGAUGAGAUCAUCUUUAAGAAGUAUAUUACAAGCAUGGAGAGGUAUUACUUCGGGCCACUGCUUUGUGGAAAAUCAAGAGAUAAGUACAAGUCAUCCUUGUUCCCAGGCAACAUGGAGACGCUGACGAUCUUGAACAAUUCCCCAAUGAUGGUAGAGGUGUUCUUCUGUUUUCAGAAUGAUGUCAAAGCGAACACCUACUUCCUGGAGCCCGCCAACAUGAUCCUGAAACCCAAUGAGAAGCAGUUGCUAAACAUAUGGGCCUACCCUACUGCAGUUGGUGUCUUUGAAGACAGCAUUGUCUGCUGCAUCAAAGAGAACCCAGAGCCAGCAGUCUUCAAAUUAAGCUGCCAAGGAGUCCGCCCAGAACUAGAGCUGGAACCCAGGCAAUUACAUUUUGACCGGCUCUUGCUACACAGAAAGGAAUCCAAGAUAGUUCUUCUCCGCAAUGUCACACUCCUGCCCGUGGCCUGGCGGAUCUCCAGCCUGGAGCACCUGGGCGAUGACUUCACCGUGUCCAUGAUGCAGGGCGUCAUCCCCUCCAAGGCUGAGUAUGGCCUGCACGUGCACUUCCAGCCCACCAAGCCUGUCAACAUCAGGAAAGCUAUUCGGUUGGAGGUCUUAGAUGCAGAAAAUAUUGUUGGCAUUGUUCAGAUUGAAAAUAUCCCAGUCUUUGCAGAGUCGUACGACAUUGCCUUGGACAUCACCUUCCCCAAAGGAGCUGAAGGAGGCCUGGACUUCGGGAUCACGAAGGUCAUGGAAGAGGUGAAACAGCCCCUGCAGCUGAAGAACCGCGGCAGAUACGAGAUCAUGUUCAGCUUUUCUGUGGACUCCAUAGGGAUUUUGACAACCAAUGUAAAUUCCAUGAUCUCAGUGCAACCCAAAAAGGGGUCACUGACCACAGCAGAAAAACCUACAAAUGUCCAAGUACACUUUCGUGCAACAAAGGAAGUGAAGAUCGAGCACCAGCCCAUUCUGCGCUGUCAGAUUAUUGAGCCCCGUAUGGGAGGAGAUGAGAUCAUUGCUAGCAUCCCAAUUAAGAUUUCUGUGAAUGCGAUGUACUCCAAGUACAACAUCAGCCCCUCCUCCAUCAUCAACUUUGGGGCUUUGAUCUGUGGCACUCGUAAAAGCAUCUGCUUCACCAUAGAAAACCAAGGUGUCACUGACUUCAAGUAUGCCCUUUUUAGGAUGACAGGGGAGAACACUAUUUAUCAAAAGAAAGGUGCCAGCCACAUCAGACAUGCGAGAUCCCGGGAAAGCGACACCUUCUACAGGGGCGGCUUUUCCAAAGGAGCCAAAUUCUCUGACACGAUGCAGAAAGACAUAACCACCACAAACCAGGCCCGCUUCUCCCACGGCAUGUUCACCGUAUACCCCGGGUUUGGCUUCGUCUCUUCUGGCGGACAGCAGGUCAUCACCGUUGACUGUGUGGCUGACCCCGUGGGAAGGUGUGAGGAGCUCAUAGCCAUUGAUAUCUCCGACCGGGACCCGAGAGACCAGCCUUCUGGCAUUCCCUACACUCUGUUGGCUGAGGCCUGUGUCCCAGCCUUUGUGACUGACGACAAUGCCUCGAUAUUUGAGGAGCACCAGAUGUGUACCAGCCCCAACCUACACCACAUCCUGCAGACCGUAGAGAGUGGGGGGCUGUUCGUGGAGGAUGAGAAUAAGUUCAUCUUCUGCAAUGUCCUGGUGGGCCAUCAGGCCAAGGCUCGAUUCAAGAUCAGCAAUGCGGGCAAGAUCGCCUGUGAUGUCAACAUUGUGGUUAAGCCUGUCUCCACCAAGCCCUUCGCCCGCAUCGUCGACAUAUUUGAAGUGGAACCCAACAAGAUGUGCAUCGCCAGCCGCUCACACGCCUUUGCCACAGUGUCCUUCAUGCCGCAGACCAUGCAGACCUACCAGUGUAUCUUUGAGGCUACCUUGGACGGCCUGCCCAGCAACGUGGCCAAGAACAGAGGACUCGUGUUUGAUAUCACCGGUGACGGGAACCUCCCGCGGGUGACCAUCGUGCGGCCCGUUCUCCACAACCAGCACGGAAACCCCUUGCUCCUCUUUAAGAGGCUCCUGCUGGACCACUCAGAGAAGCUGCCCCUCAUUCUGAAGAACAACGGCACCAUCCCUGCCCAGCUGCACGUGGACCUGCGCGACCCGCUGGGAGUCUUCUCACUGAAAGGGAGGCCCACGACCUCCUACAUCUACAUCACAGAGGACAACAAACCAAAUGAAAAAGCAAAGAAAGCUCACACAGCCUGCCUGGUUAUUUCUCCUGGAAAUACAGCAGAAAUUGACGUGUUUUUCCACCCCAAGAAGGUUGGGAGGGUGCAAGGCACCAUCCGUCUGUCAGUGGUCAACAACCAGUACGAGGAGACCAUCAUCUACACGGUGGGAGAGGGCUAUGAGGAUGACAUCACCUUGGACAACAUCCACGGGCUGGUGACUCCCACCAGCCAGGAGGCCACAAGUGUCUCUGAGCUUGUAGAGAUGGCAGAGGACAACACUGUGGUCGACGUGGUGGCAGCUUCUCUGGUGGACCACAUCCAGUUUGGGGACUGCCGCAUCGGAAACAGCUAUAAUGUGAGCUUCACAAUCACUAAUCACAGCCACGUGAACGUGAUACGGUUUGAAUGGCCCGUUUUAGCUACAGUGACUUUCUCCCCACAGGUGGGCCACCUCCACCCUGGGUGUGCCAAGGAUGUAGUGGUGACCGUGAAGUCCGAUGUGCCCAUCAGCCUGAAGAAGAUGCGGGUCAAGUGCAGGCUCUCCAGGAUCACGUUUCAGCUCCCCACAGACCAGGUCCCUGACUGGGAUGACCGAAUGCGCACAGUCAAGUGGGUGGACAUGCCCAAAAACACUUCUGGGACUUUUACUACAAAACAAAAAGUGAUAGAGACAGAUCCUGAGCCCGCCCACUCAGUGCUAGAAGAAUGCUACCGAGAACUGCAGCUUCAAAUCAGUGCCGUCGUGGACUUCGCUUCCUACCAGUGCCAAAGGGGCGAUGUGCACUUUAAGGAAACCCUGGUUUACCAGACCCGAGUGUUUGAGUUUGACCUGAUUAAUUCAGGACGUGUGCACCUGGAAUUCAGCUGGAUCUCAGAAGAUAACUCAAGGGCAGUCAGCUUUGCAAUGCCAGAAAAACAAGGUUUAGCUCAGAGAGAUCAGCUUAGUCAGGGCACGCUGCACACAGGCAGCACCCUGGACAGCACCAUGGACCACUGCGCCGAGGGCUCCCCACCAACCUUCUCCGUGGAGCCCUCCUCAGGCAUCGUACCUGUGGGGAAGACGCAGAAGUUCAAAGUGAAGUUCUCCCCGUUGGAUGUUGGAGACUUUGAGAGCAACCUUUUCUGCCAGAUUCCAAACCUGCCACCUGGAGAGCAAGGUCCGGUCCUAGUAGCAAAAGGACGAAGCUCCUUGCCCAUCUGCCAUUUUGACCUGAAGGACUUCGACUACAUCAGCGGUCUUCGGCACAACCCCGAGCUCCGAGGGUCUGGUAGUGGCGCUUUGGAUCCAAACACCCGGGUGAUCGAGUUCACCACUGUGGGCGUAGGAGGGAAGAAUCUCCAGACCUUUACAAUCCUGAACCCGACCAAUAGCACCUACUCCUUCUCCUGGAUCUCUGAAGAAACCGAAAGUCUCCAGAACCCUCCAGCCUUCACGUGCCUUACAGAGAAGGGCUUCAUCCACCCUGACAAGAAAGCUGAGAUUGUGUUCCAGUUCACGCCUUCCCACCUGGACAUCACGGAAGCAUUAUGGACUUUCCUAGUCCCUGAACACAACAUCAUGGUCCCUUUCCUGCUGAUAGGUAAAGCCACCGACCCGCUCAUCUCCCUGGACAAGUCACACCUCAACUUCAGUUCCCUGCUCAUUGGCAGAGAGGCCAGGGAGCGCGUGCAGCUCGUCAACAAGGAGGAGCAGGGGUUCAGUUUUGCCUUCCAGGACAACUCCCGAUACUCGGAAGGUUUCGGCAACAGCCUGGUUGUAUGUCCCAUGGAAGGCUGGAUCCCGCCACUGUCCAGGUUCCCAAUUGAUAUUUUCUUCACACCAAAGCACGAAGGAGAUGUGAACUUUAAUUUGAUCUGCAAUGUGAAAAAGAAAGUCCAGCCUCUGACGUUAAACGUCAAGGCAGAGGGCUACAGUAUGAACACAGAGAUCAAGUGCAAGGACAGGACAGGCUCCAUCACUCUCUUGACUCCCGACCAGACCAACAUCAUCAACUUCUAUGAGGUGGGGUUAAAUGAAUGCGUCCAGUGUGAAUUCAACUUUAUUAACACUGGAAAGUUCAACUUCAGCUUCCAGGCAGAGCUAUCUGGCUCCAAAACCCUGCUGCAGUAUUUGGAAUUUUCACCCACUGACAGUACUGUGGAUGUGGGGCAGAGUGUCCAAGCUACCUUAUCUUUUCAGCCACUUAAGAGGUGUGUCUUGAAGGACCUGGAACUCAGAAUCAAGAUCAACCAAGGCCCAACCUAUAUGUGCAGCAUCUCAGGUUGUGCCAUGAGCCCGGCCAUCCAUUUCUCCUUCACCAGCUACAACUUUGGGACCUGCUUCAUCUACCAAGCUGGGAUGCCCCCAUACAAACAAACCCUGGUCAUCACCAACAAGGAAGAAACGUCUAUGAGCAUAGAUUGCCUGUACACCAGCACCACUCACCUCGAGGUUAACUUCCGUCUUGAGGUGAUAAAGCCAGGAAAGACACUGGAGAUUCCAAUCAUCUUUUAUCCUCGAGAAAGCAUCAACUAUCGAGAACUCAUCCCCUUUGAGAUCAAUGGGCUCUCACAACAAACAGUCGAAAUCAAAGGGAAGGGCACGGAAAUGAAGAUUUCAGUCCUAGAUCCAGCCAACAGGGUUGUGAAGUUGGGAGCCAUCCUGCCAGGACAAGUUGUGAAAAAAACGGUCUCCAUCAUAAACAACAGCCUCGCCCAGCUCACAUUCAACCAUUCAGUUAUGUUCUCGAUUCCAGAGCUCCAGGAACCCAAGGUCAUCACCUUGGUGCCCUUCCACAACAUCACCCUGAAGCCCAAAGAAGUUUGUAAAGUGGAAGUCAUAUUUGCCCCGAAGAAGCGCGUGCCGCUCUUCUCUGAGGAAGUGUUCAUGGAAUGCAUGGGGCUCCUGCGCCCCCUCUUCCUUCUCAGCGGCUGCUGCCAAGCCCUGGAGAUCUCCCUGGACCAGGACCAUCUUCCCUUUGGACCAGUCGUGUAUCAGACGCAGGCGACACGUCGCAUCCUCAUGCUGAACACAGGCGACAUAGGUGCAAGGUUUAAAUGGGAUGUCAAAAAAUUUGAGCCUCAUUUCUCCAUCAGCCCAGAGGAAGGCUACAUCACUGCGGGCAUGGAGGUUUCUUUCAAAGUGACCUACCGUCCCACCGAGGUGGGAAAGGAGAGUUUCUAUAAAAACAUGCAGUGCUUCAUCCAGGGGGGCAGUCCUCUGACCCUGACCCUGUCUGGAGUCUGCGUGGGACUACCUGUGGCAAAAGAUGUGGUGAAUUUCACCUGCCAGGUGCGUUCCAAGCACACACAGACCAUCAUGCUGUCAAACCGCACCAACCAGACCUGGAACCUGCACCCCAUCUUUGAGGGCGAGCACUGGGAGGGACCUGAGUUCAUCACGCUGGAGGCCCAUCAGCAAAACAAGCCCUACGAGAUCACCUACAGGCCCCGCACCAUGAAUGUGGAGAACCGCAAGCACCAGGGCACCCUCUUCUUCCCCCUCCCGGAUGGGACUGGCUGGCUAUAUGUUCUGCAUGGGACUUCCGAGCUCCCCAAAGCUGUAGCCAACAUCUACCGUGAAGUGCCAUGUAAGACACCCUACACUGAGCUCCUGCCAAUCACCAACUGGCUGAACAAGCCCCAAAGAUUCCGAGUCAUUGUGGAAAUGCUGAAACCAGAGCGGCCAGACCUAAGCAUCACUAUGAAGGGCCUUGAUUACAUUGAUGUACUGUCUGGCUCCAAGAAAGACUACAAGCUGAAUUUCUUCGCCUACAAGGAGGGAGUGUACACCGCAAAGGUGAUCUUCCGAAAUGAGGUGACCAAUGAGUUCUUGUACUACACGGUGAGUUUCAGGGUCAUCCCUUCAGGCAUCAUCAAAACCAUCGAGAUGGUGACCCCAGUCCGGCAGAGUGCAUCGGCUUCCAUCAAGGUGGAGAACCCCCUGCCCUACUCGGUGACCUUCUCCGUGGAGUGCAGGCUGCCGGACAUGAGCCUGCCCUCCCAGUUUGCGGUGCCUGCCAACUCCGAGGGCACAUUUGCAUUUGAAUUCCAGCCCCUGAAAGCUGGAGAAACCUUUGGGAAACUAACUUUGCACAACAGUGAUCUGGGUUACUACCAAUAUGAGCUCAGCUUGAAGGCCCUGCCGGCACCUCCUGAAAAGCCUGUCUACUUCCAGACUGUUCUGGGCAGCAACCAAAGCGUCUAUGCAAAGUUCACCAAUUAUACGCGGCAGAAGACAGAAUACUUCUGCAGGACCGACUGUGCGGACUUCCACACGGAGAGGGUCAUUAGCGCAGCCCCGGGAGCCCAGGGGGGCACCGAGGUCAGCAUGGAAGUCUUCUUUGAGCCCAGCCACCUGGGCGAGACCAAGGGCACCCUGAGCCUGUCGUCGAUUAUAGGCGGGGAGUAUGUCAUCCCCCUCUUCGGAGUGGCUCUGCCCCCCAAGCCCCAGGGUCCCUUCCUGAUCCGAGCCGGGUACAACAUAAUCAUCCCCUUCAAGAACGUCUUCCACCAAGUGGUGACCUUCUCCGUCAUCGUGGAGAACCCGGCCUUCACCGUCCGCUCCACAGACACCGUGCGCGCCAAGAAGAUCAACAACAUCACCGUCUACUUUGACGGGAACCCUUCCGGCAACAAAACCCCCAUCACCACCAGGCUGACCGUGAGCUGCCGCCCUGGGGAGGGCAGUGAGGCCACAAUCAAAUGGGUUUAUUACCUGAAGGGGAUCACCCCUUGGCGGUAACAGGGUCACCUGCGUCAGCCAAAAGCCAUCUCCUCAGCCCUAAGACCUAUGCAUCGUCUUAGCCCGACAAAGAACAGAAAAAAAUAAUAAGAAGAAGAAGAAUUCUAAAGGAACUGUUUUAUCCUCCUCAUUCAAUUAUUUCCAUGUCGUGUGGUUUCCAAAUAUAGCUAUGAAAUAUAAAUCCCAUAUUAGCCAUUACAGCUACACACUACAGAUCUAUAUUUUAGAGAACUGAAUCCUUGUGAGUCCCUAAAUUUAAUUUCUUGACAUAUCUGCAAAGCUCGAGUGGUUUUUAAUAAUCUGCAUUUGUACCAAGCAGACCUAGAUAUCACCCCAUGACCUUCCACCAGACAGCUCUUGGCCGUGCGCGGCGCUGGGCACUGCAGCUGCUUUUUAAAGUCCAUAAUGGUUUAACAAGCCCUUAGACGUGGCCCUAUUUUGAUGUGGCAUUUUAUCUGGCUUUCACUCAAAAGCCAAGUAAGUACCUAUUUUCAAAGCAAUGAACAGAUAACAUUAAUGCCACCCAGGGACGACGCUCCCAUCACUUUUUCUCUCAGCUUUUAUUCCAUCAGUCCCCGAAUCCUUGGAGAAAGGCUAACAGAGACCACAGCUGCCCCUGCCCUCCCCAGCCCUGGGCACAGCAGGCAGAGGGGGGGACAGUGAUUCUCGACCUAUCUGCCCAGAACCCACCCCCUCCCCAAAUUCUGAUUUAAUUGGUCUGGAGAGGGGCAUGGUCAUCUUUAUAUAUAUAACUUGUACAGCGGGGCUGAGAGCAAGUGCUAGAGAUGAAAAACCACCCAGCUACUCGUGCUGCAACUGAGUCAGGAAUCCCUUUUAGGAGAAGGACCACGUCCCAGUUUGAUAUCUUGAAACUGCACCUGUUCUGUGUGUCCCUAAAGCCUAUCUAAGCCAGUGCCUUUCUCAAGCUUCCCCUCCAGGGGGCAGUGGGGCACCUCCGCAGAAGCCUCUUCCCCAGCCUUGCAGUGUGUUUUCAUAGGACCGCUUCCCUGUCAGUGCCUCCUGUUGAAAUAAAGAUGGUUAAAGACUG